CGUACCGCCCGGUCCCAGCGCCCGCCCUUCUCGAGCAGCGAAGUGUCUCGUGACCAUGGGCGUAUCCCAGACGGCCUGAGAGCGACGCUGUCUAUGACCAGUUCCUCCUCAGUUCUGAACCGCUCUCGUCCCAUGGCGUCGGAGCUCUCCCGGGUCAAUGUUAAGUGACGUCUGCUCCUGAUCCCAAGCCUGUGCUGGGACCUCUGGGUGUACAGGGUCAGAUCCUCGCGCGUGAAUAUAAAGAAGCCCUGGUCCUUUGGGGGGGGCUCUGUGGAGUUACACCGCAGGUCACCACCUCCCGAGUUCCGACAGAUUCGCGGGAGCUUCAGAAAGUGGGCCUUCUGGUAGAAGGAGUGUUUGGGUCUGAGGGCUCAGGGGAGGAGGGCUGGGCCUGGGGCCUCAGGCAGGAGUCUGGCCUGGGAACUUGAGAAACGAGCCUGCUGGAAUCGCUCUGCCUUCCCUACCAAGGGUCUGAAGACAUAGACCCAUCUGUAUCUCUGCCAUGGGAGCCUUGGAGGCCCUCUUUUUGGCAUUGGCUGCAGGCCUGAGCACUGCCAGUCCACCUAACAUCCUGCUGAUCUUUGCUGAUGACCUGGGCUAUGGAGACCUAGGCUCCUAUGGGCACCCCAGUUCCACCACCCCCAACCUGGAUCAGUUGGCUGAAGGGGGACUGCGGUUCACAGAUUUCUAUGUGCCUGUAUCUCUGUGCACACCAUCUCGGGCUGCCCUCUUGACUGGCCGGCUCCCAGUUCGAUCAGGCAUGUACCCUGGAGUUCUGGGGCCCAGUUCCCAAGGGGGCCUGCCCCUGGAGGAGGUGACUCUGGCUGAGGUCCUGGCUGCUCGAGGUUAUCUUACAGGGAUGGCUGGCAAGUGGCAUCUUGGAGUGGGACCAGAGGGGGCCUUCCUGCCACCGCAUCAGGGCUUCCAUCGAUUCCUAGGCAUCCCAUAUUCCCAUGACCAGGGUCCCUGUCAGAAUCUAACCUGCUUUCCACCAGACAUCCCCUGCAUUGGUGGCUGUGACCAAGGCCUGGUUCCCAUCCCAUUGCUGGCCAACCUGUCUGUGGAGGCCCAGCCCCCUUGGCUACCUGGACUAGAGGCUCGUUAUGUGUCUUUCUCCCGAGACCUCAUGGCUGAUGCCCAGCGCCAGGGCCGACCAUUCUUCCUGUACUACGCUUCCCACCACACCCACUACCCUCAGUUCAGUGGACAAAGCUUCACAGGUCGAUCAGAUCGUGGGCCAUUUGGGGACUCCUUGAUGGAGCUGGAUGCAGCUGUAGGGGCCUUGAUGACAGCUGUGGGGGACCUAGGUCUGCUCGGAGAGACACUGGUCAUCUUCACUGCAGAUAAUGGUCCUGAGUUGAUGCGUAUGUCCAGUGGUGGCUGUUCUGGCCUCUUGAAAUGUGGAAAAGGAACAACUUUUGAAGGUGGUGUCCGAGAACCUGCCUUGGUCUUCUGGCCAGGCCACAUUACUCCUGGUGUAACCCACGAGCUGGCCAGCUCUCUGGACUUCCUGCCCACCCUGGCAGCCCUGACUGGGGCUCCAUUGCCCAAUAUCACCUUGGAUGGUGUUGACCUCAGCCCCUUGCUGCUAGGCACAGGCAAGAGCCCACGGACAUCUGUCUUCUUCUACCCACCAUACCCAGACGAGAUCCAUGGGGUCUUUGCUGUGCGGAAUGGGAAAUACAAGGCUCAUUUCUUCACCCAGGGCUCUGCCCACAGUGACACCACUUCAGAUCCUGCCUGUCAUGCUACCAACCCUCUUACCGCUCAUGAGCCCCCAUUACUUUAUGACUUGUCUGAGGACCCUGGUGAGAACUACAAUCUUUUGGAAAGUGGGGACGAGGUCUCCUCAGAAGCUCUACAAGCUCUGAAGCAACUUGAGCUACUCAAGGCCCAGUAUGAUGCAACUGUGACCUUCAGCCCCAGCCAGAUAGCCAAGGGUGAGGACCCUGCCUUGCAGAUCUGCUGUCAGCCGAGCUGCACUCCCCACCCAGUCUGCUGCCGCUGCCCAGAUUCCCAGUCCUGAGGGUCCUGGAGAAAUCACAGGGGUCCCCCCCACAAGGGUAGCCCAGGACCCCUAACUCUAUCCUGAGUGUGUGAUGGCUCACCAGAAGGGCAGGGGCAAGUGUGUAGUUUGUAUCUGGUAAUGUAAUAACAUCAGCUGAGACUUGCA